AGCUUUGCACCUGGAGGCGGGACUGGAGGACCACCCGUCAUAUACCUGGAGGCGGGACUGGAGGACCACCUAUUAUUCACCACGGGGGCGGAGGGAGGCUGGAGGGGACGUCCGUCACACACGGAGAUAAAAUGGCGGAGCUGGACUUGGGCACGCAGUGUGAUGAACAACAUUGCCGGCAGCUAGAUUUUCUACCAUUUGUUUGUGAUGCCUGUUCAGGAACCUAUUGCCUUGAACAUAGAAAUAAAGAUGCUCAUGGUUGCUCUGGGGUACUUUUAAGAAAAGAACCAGUUCAGUCAGAAGGGACCUCAUCCUACAGUUGCAGUUACCAAAGCUGUAAGGCAAUUGAGCUUGUGCCAAUAAUUUGCUCGGAUUGUAAUAAGCAUUUUUGUCUGAGGCAUCGGCACCAAUCAGACCAUGACUGUGAAAAGCGGGAGGUGUCUAAAUCGCGUUCGGUUGUCAUUCAGCAAUCAAUAAAAGAGGGUGCUGCCAAGAAAACAGUCCCGGUGAAGAAAGGAAGAAGCGGAGCAAGGAAUGAUGCGACAGCUGCAAAAGUGGCCCUAAUGAAGCUGAAGCUACAUGCUGUUGGUGACAAGUCUAUUCCACAGAAUGAGCGUGUCUAUUUUCAAGUUUUUUUGCCGCAAGGAAAUCAAGAGAAAAGCAGACCAAUGUUCUUCUGUUCCAAAUGGAGUAUUGGGAAAAUGGUGGACAAAGCAGCCUCAAUGUUGAACCUGAGGAACAACAACAAUAUUUUGGCAUCCAAGAAACUGAGACUGUGUCAUAGUGAAUCUGGUGAUGUAUUACCCAUGGAGAAUACUUUGGAAUGGUGCAUUACAAGGACUGACUGCCUACUGAAAAACGGUACAACAGUUAUUCUGGAGUAUUUAGACAAUGAUUGUUUAACAUUGGGAACCACAAGCUCGUACAUGGAAUGACAAUCACGCCAAUGAACAAAACAUAUUGUAAUAGGGAAGUCCUCAAGAAAAUUUGUUUUUUCCGAUUUAUAUAUUUAAUGUAUUAUAACUGUCAAAAAUAAGGUGUAAAUAAUAUGUCAUUGUAUGACUAGGAUAAUGCAUUUUAAUUAAAAAAAGCUUUUAAUCCA